AUGAUAUUCGACAACUUUUGGCUUUCUAUAGCCCUGGUGCCGGCGGUGCUUGCUGCCCAACCUUCUGCCCCUGAGCCAGUCAAAGCUCCUCUGCGAGAAUUGCCUUGGGGUCAAUUGAACUUCUUGGCGACAACAGAUACACAUGGUUGGCAUGGCGGCCACCUGCAGGAAGCCCAAUAUUCUGCUGACUGGGGCGAUUAUGUCUCCUUUGCUCAUCAUCUCCGUCAGAAAGCCGAUACCGAUGGCAGUGAUCUUCUGCUCGUAGAUACGGGCGAUAGAGUAGAAGGCAAUGGUCUUUAUGAUGCAUCAAAUCCCAAAGGACAAUACACUUUUGACAUCUUCAAACACCAACAAAUAGACAUCAUCACCUCGGGAAACCACGAACUCUAUAAGAAGAACUCGUCCGACAAUGAGUAUUACCACACCGUACCUAACUUCAAGGAGGCCUAUAUUGCUUCCAAUCUAGACAUCUACAACCCGGAAACUGGAAAGCUGCAACCUCUUGCACAGAGGUAUAGAAAGUUCACCACUAAGAAUCAAGGUAUCAGAAUCAUGGCGUUUGGCUUCCUCUUCAACUUCCAGGGUAACGCCAACAAUACCGUCGUUCAAAGAGUAGAAGACACUAUCAAAGAGAAGUGGUUCAAAGACGCCAUUCGUGAGAAGGAUGUUGACCUUUUCGUUGUUGCUGGCCAUGUCCCUGUCUCCGACUCGCCCGAGUAUGAUGCCGUUUAUAAGGCUAUUCGCAGCGUCGCAUGGGAUACUCCCAUCGCUUUUUUCGGUGGUCAUACUCAUAUCAGGGAUUACCACAAGUUUGACAAGAUUGCAUAUGGUCUCGAGAGCGGUCGCUACAUGGAAACCCUUGGAUUCAUGUCCAUUUCUGGUCUCGACCACCGCAAGAACAGUUCUGAAGUCGCUGCGACUCCAGAGUUCGAGCGUCGCUACAUCGACAACAACCUCUACUCACUGCACCGCCAUUCUGGCAAAAACGAAACCACUUUCCCUACCGAAGCUGGCCGCAAUGUAUCCGCAUCUAUCUCAGCUGCCAGAAAACAUUUGAACCUCGACCAUACAUAUGGCUGUGCCCCCAGAGACUACUGGCUCAAUAGAGCUCCUUACCCAUCAGAAUCCAGUAUCUUGACUUGGCUCGAGAACGAGGUCCUGCCUGACACUGCUCGAAACGCAACCGAGUCACCUCAACUCGUCAUCACCAACACUGGCGCUAUGCGUUUUGACAUAUUCGAAGGACCCUUCACCAUUGAUACCACAUUCCUUGUGUCGCCAUUCACAAGCGGCUUCCAUAGACUGAAGAAUGUGCCUUACAAGGCAGCAAAGCAGUUGCUACCGUUGUUGAACAAUGAAGGCAAGAUCCUUCUCUCAGAAAUGAUGGUCAUGAGCGCCGUCCACAGAGACCUGGGUAAAUUCACACCUCGCAAUCUUUGGGAACUCGCACCGCCGAAACCACCUGUCACGAGCUGGUCUCAACAAAAGAUCGAAGACGAAAUAACCCUUGACGAUACGAUUCGUCGUGAAUUUGGGCAAGAAGUUUUGAAGGCUGCUGGACGUGGGAAACACGACACUCUCGUACCAGGCUAUACAACGAUUGACGAUGCCGGUAAAGAUGGCGACGACACCAUUCACGCCCCCAUCCGCUUCUACGAUGUUCCCAACUGCAUACAGGCAGAAGUGAACCUGCCCUCCGACAAAAAGGAUCUCGACACUGUAGAUAUUGUCUACAAUGAAUUCAUCGAGCGAUGGAUUCUUCUAGCUUUGAGAUUCCUGGGUGAAAGCUAUGGAGUCGAGGAUGUAGAGACCACAUUCGAUGGCAUGAGUUUUACAGAUGUGCUUAGCGAGUGGGUGCAUAAGAAUUGGGCUUGCUAA